CAGCUGGAAUAUUCAUGGCUGUUGCAUUCGGCCCUUUCGUUGGAUUCUUCACCAGCUUUCAAUGUCUUUCUGUGUACGUGGAUUUCUACAGAGUCGAUGAAGAAAGCAUUCCGACCGAUCCACGUGACCCUCGUUGGAUAGGGGCUUGGUGGCUUGGAUUUGUCAUUGCAAGUGUGGUGAUAGUGAUGGUAUCUGUUCCAUUGUUUCUUUUUCCUCGAAAACUGAGAAAAUACAAGUGUACUUGUUGCAAAAGAAGUUCAAAUAAUGAGAGUGAUGAUCAAUUCAGCAUGGCAGAUAUGUACAAAGCAGACCUCCUGCAAGAUAAUAAAAAAGGGAUAAUAUCAAACAUUAAAGGCGUUUUGCAUCCUAUGGAACAGGCGAGAUACCAAAGGCGUGACCAUUACAAAAAUAGAUGAAUAAUAAAAAUAACGGUUCCCAAUAGGAAUAUACGAUGUUGUGAUCGUAGAAGCAUAGCUCCUCAACGAAAAGUUCCCUUUUUCAGUUUUAUAAAUAAAGUGUUUCGGGGUGGGGGGAUUCGAACUUUUGAUUAAACAGUUUUAUGUUUGCAAUUAUGUUUGUAUUAAAUACAGUUUCUAAAUGCGAAUUCGGCUCCUAAAAGAGUAAUCAAACAUUAUGAGCAUAUGUAACAAUAAAAAAAAAUUAGUAUCGUACUUGUGGCAAC